UCCAGCGGCAGCGAGUCUGAGGAAGAGGUUUCCGAAAUUCCAUCUGACCACGAGACCGUUGAGCCUACAGUCUCUGACCACGAGAGUGUAUCCAGCGGUAGCGAGUCUGAGGAAGAGGUUUCCGAGAUUCCAUCUGACCACGAGACCGUUGAGCCUAUAGUCUCUGACCACGAGAGUGUAUCCAGCGGUAGCGAGUCUGAGGAAGAGGUUUCCGAGAUUCCAUCUGACCACGAGACCGUUGAGCCUAUAGUCUCUGACCACGAGAGUGUAUCCAGCGGCAGCGAGUCUGAGGAAGAGGUUUCCGAGAUUCCAUCUGACCACGAGACCGUUGAGCCUAUAAUCCCUCCUCCAUCGUUUGAUUUAUCUGGUGAUGGCUUUGAUUAUAUUGAUGACGGGUCUUCUGAUGAAGAAAGUGUAUCUCCUGCCGUCAGUGAAGCUGAGAUAUCAGUGGACGAACCUUGCGACAAUUACAACCAUUUAGAUGAUGAGGAUCAGAUCAUCACCUGGGAUGGCAUUCAUGGUAAACCCCUGCCAGAAGAAGCUUCCGAGAUUCCAUCUGACCACGAGACCGUUGAGCCUAUAUUCUCUGACCACGAGAGUGUAUCCAGCGGCAGCGAGUCUGAGGAAGAGUUAUCUGAGAUUUCUUCAGACGAGAGUGUAUCCAGCGGCAGCGAGUCUGAGGAAGAGGUUUCUGAAAUUCCAUCUGACCACGAGACCGUUGAGCCUAUAGUCUCUGACCACGAGAGUGUAUCCAGCGGCAGCGAGUCUGAGGAAGAGGUUUCCGAGAUUCCAUCUGACCACGAGACCGUUGAGCCUAUAGUCUCUGACCACGAGAGUGUAUCCAGCGGCAGCGAGUCUGAGGAAGAGUUAUCUGAGAUUUCUUCAGACGAGAGUGUAUCCAGCGGCAGCGAGUCUGAGGAAGAGGUUUCCGAGAUUCCAUCUGACCACGAGACCGUUGAGCCUAUAUUCUCUGACCACGAGAGUGUAUCCAGCGGCAGCGAGUCUGAGGAAGAGGUUUCCGAGAUUCCAUCUGACCACGAGACCGUUGAGCCUAUAGUCUCUGACCACGAGAGUGUAUCCAGCGGCAGCGAGUCUGAGGAAGAG